AUGGAGCAAAGUACUGCAGGUACCAAGCCUGCAAAGAUUGGAGAAGCAGUGAAGGAGAGAUGGCCAGACAAGGAGAUUGCCAAAGGUGCUAUAUCUGGUCUGAUUGCUAGACAAAACAAAAAGAAGACGACCACGCAAGGCAAGGGCAAAUCUUUGAGAGAGACUUCAUCUGGAACUUUUGUCUCUGCUCGUUUUGAAAUUGGCGAGCCUUCCUUGGCUCUAUCGGCCUCGAUUAGUUCGGAGAGUAAGGAGUCUUCCAAAAUUGUUCCUGGUUCACCAUCUGUUUCUGAGACAUCGCAGCCACAACUGCGUCCAACAACUUCAAUUCAGAAGUCAGGAACACCAAGCGCUUCUCCCCAGAUUACCCCCUUCUCAGCAUUCAAGACUCCCCCACAUCGCUAUUCAUCUCCCACAGCCUCAGAUCUCAACGAAGACAAUGCGACCAAGUCAGAAUGCGGUCUUAGAUCCCAGAAAAAGAACCACUCUAAUGUAUCAGCUCCACGUGAACUUCCAAGCCCUGGAGAUGAAUCUCAGAACCAGGAAAGACGCUCGUCUGCUGCCCAGUUCUUGGAGAGAAUCAUUUCCCUCUCUCCAGGAGAUGGUUGUUCCGGCUCGAAUUUCCUGCGCGCCAGUGAGUCUCCAGACAAGUCAAAUCCAUCUCCUGAGCCUCCGGUUCUGUCGUUGGAUUCUAUAGCAGCCAGAGGUCUUAUCAAGGGCUCCAACCUCUCGUUCUUCUGUGACGGUUCUGGUUCAGACUCAGCUGUUCCGGCACUCAAUACUCCCAACUUUCCGUCCGAAGUCAACCCCAAUCAAAUCGGGGGCUCCAGCGGCUCUUACUCUCCUGCUGUUGGUGAAAAAUUGUAUUCACCUCAACCUCGUCCCGCCACUACAGAGCCUUUCCCUGCUUUUGACAACGAGACUGCAGAUCAUCUUCUCAAUAAAGUCACACCAGCGCCAUCAACAACUUACUUCGACCCCGAUCUUGCAGCUUCGUCUUUCCAAGCCGACGACGCUGCCCCUCAGGCAAACACGAACCUUCGGCUCGAUAAGGACGAACUUGAGACUGUCAUGACAAAUGCCUCAGCUGAAGCUAAGGAGGAGGUAAUUGCCUGCGAAAAGAUCGAAACUGAAGUUCAAAUCACGGCACCUGCUCAAGAGACCGAGACUGAAUUUGUUGAACCUGUUCACGCCGAUCAAAAUCUUGACUCAACUCCUGUUCAGUCUCCACAAAUCGCCAUUUCUAAUCUCGACAUCACGCCUCGUGCUCCGCAGCUCAACCUCCCUGCAUCAAAAGACCUGUCUUCAGUCCGUCCUCCUAAGACCUUCCAACCAAGAAUCUGGUCUACUCCAAAACCCGUCAAGAUGUCGACCUUGUCCAGUACCCUUGGCUCAGAGAUCGUUCACUUCUACGUCGGUCCCAAGCGCAAGGAGUUCAUUAUCCACGGCAAUCCACUCCGUCUCAAGUCCAGUUAUUUCAAGGACUUCAAGUUCACCGUCCACGCUGACACUGGUGAGACCGAGCACUAUCUCCCAGAUGCCGAUUCCACUGCCCUCGAAAUCAUCAUCGACUGGGUGUAUCGUCAAGCUGUGGAGGUCAUCCCCAGCACUCUCCCUAGCGGCUCACUCGAUCACGGUACCGACGAGCACGCUGCCUUUACCAAAGCCAUCAGCCGUGGUAUCGAAGUCUACAUGCUCGCCGCCAAGUUCGGUGUGGUAGAUCUCCAAGACCUUGUCAUGACCGAGCUUGGUAAGGCAUACUAUAGUCACCAAACCUUUCCUUCAUCUGCCAACAUCGCCGCUGUGUACGCCCAAAAUGACUGCAGUUCUCCCUUGCGCAGAUACAUGGCUCGCUCCUAUCAGAUUCUUGCCGAUCUCGAUGAUGGCCAGGUCGAGACAGUGGGCUGGACUGCUCAGGCGAUUGAUAGCAUCAUCUCGGAGGUUCCAGCUAUGUUCAAGGAUUUCCGAGCUCUCAUACGAAAGAGUAAGGGUGAGGAGUCGAAGGAGGUUAGCUUGGACCUGGUUUGCUCCUACCACGCACACGGUGUUGAUGAGGAGUGUUUUUCUAAUGGUCUGAACUUUCGUGGUAAGCCUUCUUUCGUGAACACAUGUCUGGAGAAGCCUUUGGCUGAUGACUCGUAGGUUUGAUCUGUUAGAUUGGUUUUCAGAAGAGUUAUGCGGAAGCCCAGUGACUUCGCAAAGGAUUGGAUGCCUGGGUACCAAUUACUUGGAUUUCCUAUGUCUGAUGCGAGGCUUUCCCCCUUGAAAUCCAUUCGCGUUUCUCGAGACUUCUGUCACUUGACAAUACACUGCACGUCGACAGAACUUUCUUUCCUCAUGUUCCCACUCGUUCAUCACUAGGCUCUGUUGCAAUUCAGCAAACAGUCCAGACCGACCAAAGGCCCAUCCAUAUGAAUGGGAGGAUCCAACACGAGAUCAAAUAUACUUAGGAGGCAAUUCAUGGGUUUGAUGUUUUCUUUCUCCAUUAGGAUCUUCACCUACAAGUUAGA